GGCAGUCCACAAAGCUAGAGACUUCUUUCUUUACCGAUAACGAUAACGAAAAACCGCAGCAGGAUAAGAAAAGCUUCUUAUCACGCCGUUCGUGUGCAGUGCCAGGGUUUCAUCUGCCCUCAAUUUCGUGAAAUUUCCAUGCAGUAGGUGCGCCGUGUAGAGUAGGAAAAGAAAUAAACAAACGCCGCAGUCGUGCCAUCAAAACCCCGAGAUCCUUGCACCAAAAGCCUUCUUGUCUCCGAACAAAGCCUCCUGCGAUAUGGCCGUGACUUCCAAGCGACGACGGCUGGUAGUGGUGCUUCUCUGGUGUGGCAUAUUUGGUCUGCAUUUCCUCCAAACUGGCGCUGGCAAUCCCACGGAUAGCGCUAGCGUGAGUGCACGGAACGCCAACAACAGUAACGCAGCCGCGGCCAACAGUAGUAAUGGGGCGGGGAGUCUCAACAGCAGCAGCAGGAAUACCAGUAGCAUUGCCUGUGAAGAAGAUGUGCUCUUCCAGUGUCCACCGAACGCGUCCUGCGAUAAGGGCCGGUGUGUUUGCAUGUUCCGUUACAAACUGAAUCCUGCCUUCCACAACGGGGGGCAAACUGCCGCCUCGGCCACAGCAGCAGCAGCAGCAGCAGCAACACCAACCUCCGCCAAUGGUGCCUCUUCCUCUUCGUUGCCAUACUGUUUGCUGGAUGAGAGCAGCAGCGACAGUGCCAGUGCCAGCGGUGGUGCUGGAUCGGCCGGUAAGGACCAUCGACCGGCCGCUGGGAACGCUGAUCAGUUACCACUGCGGGAACCGGCCGGUGCUCAUCACAUCCUCAGUGGCGUGCUGAUCCCGUUAGCCUUCGUGGUGAUCAUGAUCGGCAGUGCGCUGCUGGCGAAGCGUACUCAGCUGUGGUCCCGGUUGCGGCAACGGUUCCAGGCCCGCCGCGGACGUCAUCAUCGUCGGCCGGCUUACGAAGACGUGGUGUUAGGUAAUGAUUCCGAUGAUCCACCCUUGAUCUAAAUCCCUUCGAUGAAGCUCCGCAAAGUUCCGCAUUUUUUCGUUUUUUGUUUGUAUUUCUGUUACAUUCCUUUCUUUAAUUUUUCUUUCUCUUUUCUGACCAGAGUAGUUGACUGUUGACCUACCCUCCUCCUUGGUUUAGUUGAUCCAACCCUCUUUCUCGAUCAUUAACGUUCAGCUGUUAAGAUCCCCGCGUGGUAGGAGAAACGAUCGCAUUUAAGUUGUACCCCUGCCCCGGAUAGAAUCCGUUCAAAUGUACUUCAUCGCUUCCUUCAUCCCCCCUUCAUCACUAUCAUUGUGCGUAACGAUACUCUCUUCUUUCUCUCUCUUCUCUCUUUCUCACACACACUGUCUAUUUCUCUUUUUCCACCUCAAAUCUGUGUGUCCUGUGUGUUUUUACCAUACUAACCAUCCUCCCUCACCCUUCAAAACACACCACUCCAACAACAACGAAAGUGCAGUAGGCUUUGAGCCACAGUCGGGCCGACUUUGAGAAAGCCAAAGAGAUAUGCUUAACUUCGUGUAAAGAUACUGUAUGAGAUUCGCUGGCGCCUGGGCGAUCUAGCAGGCGGCAGAGUGCCGUGACGACUGACCGUCACCGAGCCCCGAUGUCUGUAGGAGAAGGCACAAACGAUUAUUAUUAACAUCAUUUCUCCAGGAUUGGCGGCAGGAUCUCAGCGGAUGUAAAAAAAACAAAGAAACAAGAAUUUAGCAGUGUAGCAGUGCGCCAUAUGGCACCGAAUAUCAUAUGAACGGGGGGCAAAGGCUUUGAGGUCUUCGUUCGAUUUGAUAUUGAUUUCAGUCAAAGUAACCGCACAGUAUAGAAUGAAAAAGUAUGAACAGAAUAGUGUGUAGAACACAGCGAGGAGAGCGAUCAAGGGCAAUCGUGAAUUGUAAUGAAAGGUGGAUCACACGGUGAACUAAGGUAGCUAGAGCGAGAGAGUAGUUGAUGAUGAUCCUCGAUCAUCUUGUCGAAGCCGCCAGAGACUUUACGAUAUCUUCCUUCGUCGAGGCAUAAGCAAAGGUAAAAUACAAUAAUUUAUUAGAUAUACGACGGGCAAAACCGAGUAGGCCGAGAACAUGGCAGAGCAAAACGCUGAGCGUGAUGAUGGAUUAGGCGAGUGGCUCGGUAGCUAGAAUGUAAGAAUCCUUACCAUUACACGAGGCAACAGAGCAUGCAUAGAAGAGGUUCCUUUAUAUAAUGCGAUAGAAAGCGAGCAAGAUUAUCGAAGCGAAAGCGGUCGAAUAAUGUUUAAUAUCACAGGAGGAGAUAACACAGUCACAUCAUCAACCAUAAUACGCGUCCGUUACUAGGAAUCUUAAGAAGCGCGCAUAUCAUCUUGUAGAGACGGUCGGCGGAAUUCGGAAUCGGAGAGCACAUAAAACACAACGUGACGUGCGAGCGAGCGGCCAUGUAAAUCAUUCAUCCAACCAUCCCUCAUCUGAUAUGCCGGAAGGACGGGUUUUCCUCCCCAUACCUCUCCCACCCAUUCUGCUCGGUUCGGAUCAGCUCCUGGGUUCCAUUAUAUUCCAUCUCUCGAGUGUGUCAUACUUUUCUUCGUCAUACCAAAAAUAUGUAUUCUGUGAUAAAUUUCAAUAAAUGUCUAUAUUUUUAAGAACGGAAAUCGCAACGCAACGGGCCGAUUCAACAGA